UAAAAAUCUAAGAUUGUUUUUUCCGUGUUCUGUUUUAUCUUCUUCUUCUCUCGUUGGACGAAGCAGUGAAGGAUUGAUUCUCUGUCAAAAUUUUCUCAAUUAUUUACGGGGGGAGAGAAGACGAGUGCAAAAGCGUGUGGAUAGAUAGAUAGAUAGAUGAGUUCGUCUCUACCUAUGAGGCUUCUUCUGCCUCUUACACCUUCCUUGCUUUCUCCUUGUUCGGAUUCUCAAGCGCUAAGAUCGAAAAACCCUAACUUUAAUCUCCGAUCCUCUUCUUCUUCUUUGACUACCUGUUGUUCUUCUUCCCAGUGGCAGCUUUUCCCUGGGCGUAAACAGCGAUUCAGAUCCUUCUCUCCUUGUGUUCCUAUGUGCACGAAAGACCAAGACAAGACAGAUAGCUGGAGAAAUGAAGAUGAUCAUAUUACUACUACAUGUGGGCUUGAAUCUGAUGAAGACUCCGGCGGCUUACGGAUUCCUACUCAGGCUCAGGCUAUCGUUGAAGGGUCUGGUUCUGUUGCUGUCUCAGAACUCAAACCUUCCCCUGAUGUAGACUACAUUCAAGAGCUAUUGGCGAUACAGCAACAAGGGCCUAGAACAAUUGGCUUCUUUGGGACUAGGAACAUGGGUUUCAUGCAUCAAGAGCUCAUCGAGAUUCUUAGCUACGCCAUGGUUAUUACUAAAAACCAUAUAUAUACUUCAGGUGCAUCUGGAACUAAUGCAGCUGUUAUUAGAGGUGCGUUGAGAGCAGAGAGGCCAGAGCUUCUUACAGUAAUUUUACCUCAAAGUUUGAAAAAACAACCUCCUGAGAGCCAAGAACUCUUGUCUAAAGUACAAAACGUGGUAGAAAAGCCACACAAUGACCAUUUGCCAUUACUAGAAGCUAGCAGGCUGUGUAAUAUGGACAUCAUAUCACAAGUACAGCAAGUAAUCUGCUUCGCGUUUCAUGACAGUAAGCUUCUAAUGGAGACAUGUCAAGAAGCUAAAAAUCUCCGCAAGAUCGUCACUCUCUUCUACCUCGACUGAUUCCACUAUCUUAUCAUCUCCCGGGAUCUCAAGAUGGUAUAAGUCUUUGUAAAUUGUGAAUCUCUCCCAUCCACAACAUGUUGCUAUUCAUUUGUCUAAAUUUUGAAAACCCCAUCUUUAUGAUUCAUAGGAUUAAUUCUCAAGCUAUUUUGUAACGUUACAUGGGUUAUAAACUCAUUUUCUUAUCUCAUCCUCUGCAACUGGACAAGAUCAAUACAAAGUAUCUCUUCCGAAAGCCAAAUACAUAAAGAUUUGCAUCACGUCUCUCUUACCUAGACAACUAUUCAUAACCGAAACUCUCCAAUUGAGCCAGAAGCUUCGCUUUCUAACACCCAGCUCAGCAUCCACAUCAUCAUCUGCAACUGUUUCCUCUUUCUAUGCAUAAAUUCUCAUGAACAUAUUCAUCAUCGUAUAAAUGGGAAGCAGGAACAACUCCGUGGG